AGCCACCCUCGCGGCGGGCCUGGUCGCCUGGGCCCUGGCCUGGCCCACCUCUGUGCCGUGCGCGCCCGUGCGCUGGUCUCGUGCGCCGCAGUGCCGUAUGCGCCGCCGCAUGGGCGCGUCCACGCGUCACGCUAGCAGCCAGAGCCCCGGGGCCGUCGGACGCACCCGACACGUCAGCCCUGUCGGCGCCCGCGCGCCGCCACCCCACCACCCCUGGGGCCGACCGAGUUUCUGUUCGCUACAUUACAGCUUACGUGUUUGGUUUUGCCGUCUGUUUAUGUGGCAUCGACAAGCAUGUGCGUGGGACGUUCGCGAUCGGGGGAAGUGGAACAGUCGUAGCUAAAGGAAUUUCGAGCUCGUCGCCAGCUUUCCUUUCUGCCGUGGAAUAAACUGAAACGGCCCCAAGCUGUCCUCGCCUCUGGAAUACCUCAGCCGCCUUCUCAAGAAGGCCGGUAUGCGACGGCGCGGGUCCAUGCUCGAGAUGCGCGGCGCUCAGGGCAGCGGCAGCCUCUCCGGCUCGGACAACUCCAUCAACUCGGCGCCGGCGCGCCGCUCCACCGUCACGCGCCGCUCGUUCGGGGACCCGCCCCCGCUGCCGGGCAAGAAGGCCGUGAUCCUCAACCCGCUGAACCGAGCGGGGAUACCGGCCGCGGCCGCCGCUCCCCCACGCACCACGACGUUCGCCGCGUCGGCGGCCACCCCGGCUGCGUCCGCGACCGCGACGCCGACGCGCAGCUCCCCGACCACACCACCGGCCGUAGGGGGGCCGUCGGCGCCCUUCUCCAGGGUGACCAUCGUGCACCGACCCACCAAGGAGGCGCGCAAGGCGGAGAUCGUGGCGGCCGUCACCAAGCGCCUCUACACGCAGAAGAAGAAGCCCGAGCCCGGGUCGGCCGCCUGGUCCGGGCCGUGGCCGGGUGUAGGGGCCAGGCCGGGUGAGUACGUGGGGGGCGUAGCCGGGGCUGGGGGCGGCGCGCUGCCGGACACCAACGAGGAGGCGGAGGACGAGCCCAAGGAGCUCAAGCUGUGCUCCAACGCGCGCGCCAAACUGCAGGAGAUCAGUAAGCGCGCCCUGGCGCUGCACCUGCACCGUAAGCGCCGCGACCAGGAGGCGCAGACGGAACACCUCGGCGUGCUGAGGGUCAAGGAAAAGGCCUGCGGGCCGGACGGAGUGCAGCACGCGGACAAGGCGUGCCAACACCCGCACCCCUUCUACCUGCAACCGCUCUGGGGCCUGGGGCUCGGCGCCGAUCCCCUGUGGGGGCUGGCGCCCGGUCUGGGGAUCUUCCGCCAGCGCCACGUCGCCGACGACGCCUUCUCGGACGACAGCCUGGAGCCCGGGGGGGAAGCGGGCGCCAGCCCUGCGCACGCCGCGGACACGGACCCGCUCCCGUGUGGCACCCUGAUGCGGGCGUUCUCUCUGAAGAGUGGCGGGCGCUUCGAGUCCCCCGCCCCUAGAUCCACCGCCGCACACAGGACUACGAGUCACGGAUGUCAAACAGGAGAGCCUGAGGCACCCCGUACACGCACGGCGGACGCGGCCACCAGCAUAGCCUACGACGCAGCGACCAUGACGGGAGAAGAGGAAGAGGAGCCAGCGACGAGGGACGCGGUGACCAUGACCACGGACAACAACGACAAGGCGACGAUGACCGUUCAGGCGUCCGAGGCGGCUGUGAUGACGUCACCAAUGGACGCACCAUUCAAGGACGUCGGCACAGCGACCGACGAGGACCCGAGCUUGGCGCCGCGUCACCGAGACUGCGGCACUGAGACGGAGGUGCGCGGACCCACCGCACAGGAGAAGGUCUCCGACGGCGACGGCCACGGGAAGCACGCGGUCCAGUGCGACGUGCGCCUUUCAUUCCAGGGCCCCCCUACGUCGCCGACCUGCUCCUACCGACUGACCGUCCCCGCGCCCGCCGGCCCGCCUCGCGCGAUGAGCCCCAACGUGCUCUCCGCCGGCCAGCACAUCCCCAGCGGCGCCACGGACGACCGCCCCGCCUUCAGCGGCAAGCUGGGCGCCCCGGGGGUGCCGGUCGCUCAGGGGGCUCCGGGGCCGGCGCACUUCCACAAGGCGCCACCGCCGGCCCCACCCCCGGCGCAGGCCCCGGACUAUGCCGCGGCCCCACCGGACAUCAUAGCGGAGGCCGGACCGGGCGCUGGCGCGGGCAAGCAGACGGGGGAGUCCUUGUCGGCCGUAGUGUGCCUGCCUCUAGGCUCGCCACAUCUUCACCAGCAGGUCUUUAGCCUGGAGAUCAUUCAGCCCAUGCCGCCCCUCUCCCUGGACGCCCACCUCGAAUCAGCUGUCAGCAUGCCGCCAACGACCGCACCACGUUCGCGAAGCCUGGACCACGGUCUGGACGAGCUGCCCACAGAGGCGCCAGCCGCCCCAGCUCCGAGCUCGGAACCCGUCGCUUCUCCCGUGACACAGGAGACGCCGUGCCCUCCACGAAAGUUUCGUCUCCCCUGCCUGGCCGACAGCUCUGCUGCCUCCGCCCCGAGGCCGUCCGCGACAGCGCGCCCCGUACCCGCUGCCGCGGGGAGCGACUCUCCACCCGCCGCGGUGCCUCCUCCGGCCAGGCGCAACCUGACUCCAAAGCAGCGGCGCCUGCUCGUCAACCUCCUCAACGUGCGCCCGGAGCGGCGGCGGCGUCCUACCCCGGUCGCUACUCAGCGGCGUCGCCCCACCCCCGUCAUCUCAGGGGUCGACAGGCUGGCCGUGCUGCAGAGCCUCACGUGCCUCCUGGGCGAGGCGGCGCUCUAUGUCCGCUCCGCGAGAGACGGCCUCUCCAAGGCACCCACUCCCGCCCCCGCCCCUGCAGUAGCCACCCCGCCCCCGGCACCCGACCCCAGGCCACCGACCUCGCAGACGAGCAGCACGCAGACGACGCUUGGUGGGCCGACGACCACGAGCAGCAAAGCCACGCAGAGCAUCUCGGACGCGAGCGCGCAGUGCAGCCUGCUGACGGCGACCGAGAACGUGUCCACGCGCACCCGCGCCUCCCAGUGCACCCUGCCCUCUCGCGCCACGGCCUCGUCCUCGACGCAGUGCUCACCGCUCACGCUGCGCGCCUGGGAGGACGGCGACCUCACCUGGACGGACGUGAACGCCGAGGACGACCUUACCCUCCCAUUACCGCCGCCUCGAAAGGCGGAGAGUAUGGCUGACCUCUACGACCCCGGCCACGGUCGGACUGGGUCUGGCCUGCCCUGGAGGUCCAGGAGCACCUGCUCGGGCUCACUGCGGCCGUCGCGGUGGGGCCUGGGGCUCCUGCGACCUCCGGACCCGUGGCUGUGCUGCCCACGCCGCCCGCUCCCGCCCUGCGCCUACUCGGACCACCGCCACGCACACCUCCGCCACGGCCGCAUCGCGCCCGCCACGCCCGCCGUGUCGCUGUCCAGCCCCAAGCAGUACCUCCACCACCUGGUCACGCUGCGCCGCGGCGUCGUGCUCGCCAGCAUGGAGACGGAGGCGGGGAUGCGGCGGGGGUGGAAGGGCGGGCGUGACGACGGCCGCCCGACCUUCCCCAGCUGAGCGACCGGGCGGAGCACGCGCGGCACUGGUUAAACCCUUUACUUCCAAUGGAGGUGGGAGGUCACUUUGAAAGGUGCCUCCUAAAUAUACCUUCGUAAAUUGUUGUUCAUCUGCUUCGAGUGGAUGAUGAUUGCGCGGUGGACGGGGUGGCGUGUGUACGCUGCGUGGGAUGCAGUCAAUGGUGUACAUUACACAUUGUGAUUUACACCUUUAUUCACACCGACGACUGCAUGUCAAGCAGCAAAGUCUGUACAACGUACCAAUUUUCGACUUUUGGACGGGUCUUGAUUUGUAAAAUCUUGUGGGAAAUUAACUGUCUUGCGCUCGACGUAUAAUUGUUCCAUGAGCUUCAUUUGAAUGUACCCUGUCGUUUUGUCUAUUUUAAUUAUUUCUAUUGG